CUCUGCUAGGCUGGCGGUAAAGCUGGGAAAGACUCUGGAAAGACCAAGACCAAAGCAGUGUCCCGUUCUCAGCGGGCCGGGCUGCAGUUCCCUGUUGGCCGCAUCCACAGGCAUCUGAAGUCUAGGACUACCAGUCAUGGACGUGUAGGAGCCACAGCUGCUGUGUAUAGUGCUGCAAUCCUGGAGUACUUGACAGCUGAGGUUCUCGAGCUCGCAGGGAACGCAUCCAAAGACUUGAAGGUGAAACGUAUUACUCCCCGUCACUUGCAACUUGCAAUUAGAGGAGAUGAAGAAUUGGACUCUCUCAUUAAGGCAACAAUUGCUGGUGGUGGUGUAAUACCACAUAUCCACAAGUCUCUCAUUGGAAAGAAAGGACAACAGAAAACUGUCUAAAGGAUACCAGGAUUCCUCGUUAUCUCAGGACUCUUAAAGUACUUAAUUGUCCAGUGUUGGUGAUUCCAGUGGACUGUAUCUGUGAAACAGUUUUGCCUUUUUGUAAGUUUGAGAAGCUAAAGCUCCCUCGAGCUUUCUAAGAAACCAAAUUUCUGCAUUGAAGUCUUAAUCGUAUUUAAGUGUUAC